GUCUGCUCAUCCGUAAGAAUUUCAAAAUGGUGACCACGUCCAUGGCCAUGUAAAUGACGAUGAACAUUAUCUAGUUUACGAAAAAAGAGAAUGCUAGUUGGAAACCGUAUUCGGCAAAAUCUUUUGACUCAUACUAGGUUUUGGUAUCUCAUUGACGCCAAAGACCAAAUAAACGGCCGGCUUGCUGCUUAUGCUGCCACAAUUUUGCAAGGCAAAACUAAACCCAUAUGGCACCCAAAAGUUGACGUGGGGGAUUUUUUGGUAAUUAUAAAUACGAAAAAAGUAGCUUUUACCGGUAAAAAAUGGGAUAGAAAAGUAUACAGACAUCACACAGGUUACCCAGGUGGAUUUAAGGAAAAUGCCAUCUCCCUUCACCAGAAGGAUUCAACAAGAGUGUUGUGGCGUGCUAUUAAUGGGAUGUUACCAAAAAACAAAAACAGAAAGUUGUACAUGUCACGUUUAUUUUUAUUUGAGGAUGAAGAUCAUCCUUAUGCAGAAAACAUUUAUUCACAACUGAAGUCACCAGCCUCAUUGCCUAGAAGGUUGGAUGAAUACACAAAAGAAGAGUUAGACAACUAUCCUAAACUUUUGUUGGAUAAUUAAUAUUUUAGACACAGAUAGAUCUCUUAUUUCUGACUGGCCAACUUCUUUGAGGCACUGUUAUAAGAUUGUUUGGAAAAACAUAUAACUUGUUGUGAUCAAUUGGUUAA